AUGUCGCAGACGUGGAGCCGGUUUCUGGUGUUGGCGUUGUUGAUAGUCCUGCCUGCGGGACAGCUUCCCCUCCCUCGAACAAGUGGAUGUGGUGCGCCUUCUCCAGGGGCAGCCACAGCACCGCUGCAGGAUGCGGUCGAGGGCAUUGCAGGGCUCAUGCAGCGAUUUGAGCAGAUGCAGCCGCGAAUAGCAGCACUGCCACCAGCUGAACUGCAACAAAUUGAAGAGCCGGCGCAGAGAUUGCACGAGCGCUUCGAGCAAAUGCAGCAAAAGCUCAUGGCCAGAAGUGGAGGGCCAGACCUUGAAGAAGAAGCUAUCGUGUUUCACAGGGACUUGGCAGUCUUUGUCGACCAGGUUUCAUCCAGGCUGGGCAUUGGUACCGGAAGCCCAAAGCCUGGACAGCUGGGCUCCCUGGGCCUGGGUGCCAGCACAGGCCCGGUAGGAGGCGGAUUUGCGCCCGUAUCUUUGGGGAGCUUGCCGGGGCCGGAUCGUGGCUCUGCGGGACUCGGAGGCGCUGCUUCAGAGUCGACAGAGAGGAGGCUGCAAGCUGCCAUGCAGGCGAUCCAGUCAGGCAUGCAGCGAUUCGAGGCGUUGCACCCCAAGCUGCCGAAUUUGCCGCCACAGGCCUUCAACACCUUGGCCAACCAGGCUCAGCAACUUCACGAGGAGUUCUUAACAUUGCAGAGGAAAGGUAUCCAGCUUGCCGGAGAUGGUCGACAACCCAUGCUGGAGGCAGAUGCGGCACCGUAUGCCGAUCAGCUGGAGUCCUUCGUAGCCAGGCAAAUCAACCUUGUGAAUGAAGCCGAGCAGCAGGUGCAGCAGCUAGGUGGCGCGGGAGGCUACCAGGGCAUGCUGGGAACCCGACUGCCCAGCGUGCAAAGCACAAUGCCGGGGACAUCAAUGCCACAGAUGCAGGCUUCACCGGCUUCCGCUCCUGGCCAGGUGACACCCACCACGGAUGCCAAAUUGUCUGCCGUGAUCGACAAGGUCAUUCGGUUGAUGCAGGAAUUUCAAGGCAUCCUGCCACAGCUGUCCCGAGUGUCUCAACAGGCAAUUGCCCCUCUUGCAAACGUGGGCACGUCGCAGCAAACUCAGUUGGUUCAUGAGCUCGGAGCCUUGAAAACGGGACAAAGCUGGACGGCCUUGAAUUACAGAGCAAUGAUGCGCAACGUGCCGGAGCGGUCAGGCUGUGUUUGGAAAGAUGGCUCCUGGGGUGAACUGAGCCUGAUCAAGGAGCCAUUCUUGCGGCUGCAUGUCAACUCCGUCGCCUUACACUAUGGCCAGACGGUCUGGGAGGGCAUGAAGGCCUUCCAUUGCAAGGAUGGAUCCGUGCGGGUAUUCAACGAUGUAGCGAAUCAUGAGCGCUUGUCUCGCGGUGCCAAGAGGAUGCUGAUUCCAGAACUGUCGCUGGAAAAGUUUCGGGAAGCUGUGGAUUUUUGCGUCCGCAACAAUGUUCCGUUCCUUCCUCCGUAUGGCACAGGCGGCGCCCUCUACUUGCGCCCCAUUCUUUUGGGCACAGGGCCGGCGCUGGGCUUGGCUCCGGCCAAGGAGUAUGCAUUUCUCGUGAUCUGCAGCCCGGUGAUGAACUACUUUGCAUCCGCCGGCCCUGAGAUCCUCGAGAAAGGCGUGGCUGGCAAGGUGGUUUUGAACUACGACCGGUCGGCUGCACGGGGAAUGGGCAGCAUCAAGUGCUCUGGGAAUUACGGGGCUGACCUGUGGCCUUCGGCCGAGCACAAGGCUGAAGGCUUCAUGGUCGGUCUUUACCUGGAUCCGACCGAGCAGCGAUACAUCGAGGAAUUCAACGUCACAAACUUUGCCACCAUAACGAAGGAUGGCAAAUACAUCACACCCGAGCGAGCAUCCAAGAGCGCAGUUGGCAUGUUGCUGCUAGCACGACGUACCAUAGUAACCGUAGUAGUAGCGGCGUAG